UGAUCAUCAGUGCCCUGAUGAUCGGUGCCCAGCAGUGCCACCCACAAGUUCUGCCCACCUGUGCCCAGCAGUGCGCCCACCUGUGCCCAGCAGUGCGCCCACCUGUGCCACCCAGCAGUGUCACCACCUGUGCCCAGAAGUGCCACCUACCUGUGCCCAGUAGUGCCACCACCAGUGCCCACCCACCAGUGCCACCCACCAGUGCCCAUCAGUGCAGCCCAGCAGUGCUGCCAGUCAGUGCCACCAGUCAGUGCCCAGCGGUUGUGCCAGUCAGUGCCCAGCAAUGCCGCCAGUCAGUGCCCAGCAUCAGUGCCACCUAUCAGUGCUGUCUAUCAGUACCCAUUAUCAGUGUCGCCUAUCAGUACCACCAAUCAGUGCCGCAUAUCAGUGCCGCCUAUCCGUGGCACCUCAUUAGUGCUGCCUAUCAGUGCCGCCUAUCUGUGCCACCUCAU